CUUUCAGCUCAGCCAAGUAGAAGUGUAACAGAAGAUCUCAAACGCGCUUCUCUCUGUUUCUCUCUCUUAUUUUCUCUCUCCAAGAGUGCAGACAAAAGCGGCUACCUUUCAGACCUCGACAGAUCCAGAAGCUUCUUCUUCUUCCAAUGUUGUGGGUCUCGGCUUUGGCGCUUCUCUGCGCUUUGAGCUUCGCUUUUGUCGAGGCCUCCGUCCACGACUACGCAGCCGAGAGAUUCGCCGCAAAAGGAAACGCCUUCGUCGUCCAUGGAGGCAGCGAGGGGAUUUACUCUUCUGUCUCUGGUCCCAGCGACAAUUCUAUCUCUUCUAACGGAGACUCUUAUGUACGCUUUGAAAAGGUAACAUUCCGGAGACCGAAAGAAUAUGCAAAUUUCAGCUCGGGGUCGGUCCACGCCGUUAUUUUUGAGGUGGAAGAUAGAGAAACAAUUGGGGGUUCAGCAUAUGGGGGUCAAAGGGCAGUGUGUUGCACUGCUGAUCUUGCUAAACUGGAUGCGUGUAAAGAAGGAGAAAUCAUUCACCGCCAGUCCGCUACUAAUCCCGGUUGGCCCCAAGUUUUUGGUGUCUCAUUUGAGGUAGAUGAUGAAGCUGUCACAUUACCAUCAAAGUCGAUAGAGAUCACUAAAACUGGGAUGUAUAACUUGUAUUUCAUGCAUUGUGAUGUGAGGCUUAAGGAUGUGGUUGUAGAGGGGAAAACAAUAUGGAAAAACCCUAAUGGAUAUUUACCUGGUAGAAUGGCACCUCUUAUGAAAUUCUAUGGGUUCAUGUCAUUUGCCUUUGUGCUACUUGGGAUCUUUUGGUUUUCGCAAUACGCGAGGUUUUGGAGAGAAGUUCUUCCACUGCAGAACUGCAUUACUCUAGUGAUAACUCUGGGAAUGUUUGAGAUGGCUUUGUGGUUCUUUGACUAUGCUGAGUUCAACGAGACUGGAAUCAGGCCUACUGGGACAACUAUAUGGGCUGUCACUUUUGGCACCAUUAAACGUACCGUGGCACGUUUGGUCAUUUUGAUGGUUUCGAUGGGUUAUGGUGUUGUUAGACCUACGUUAGGUGGGAUUACAUCAAAGGUGAUUAUGCUUGGAGCCACCUUCUUUACGGCAUCUGAAGUUCUUGAGAUGGUAGAAAAUGUCGGUGCAGUGAGUGAUCUUUCCGGAAAGGCCAGAUUGUUCUUGGUUCUCCCUGUGGCAUUAUUGGAUGCUUUCUUCAUCCUAUGGAUAUUUUCAUCUCUGUCUGCAACUUUAAAUAAGCUUCAGGCAAGGCGAAUGCUGGUUAAACUAGAUAUUUACAGGAAGUUCACAAACGCUUUGGCAGUAGCUGUUAUUGUGUCCGUUGGUUGGAUAUGCUAUGAGCUCUAUUUCAAGUCAAAUGAUAUUUACAAUGAGCAGUGGCAGAAUGCUUGGAUCAUCCCAGCCUUCUGGCAAGUCCUAUCUUUCUCUCUUCUAUGCGUCAUCUGUGCUCUUUGGGCACCCUCCCAGAACUCAAUGAGGUAUGCUUACUCUGAUGAUGGAAGUGAAGAGUUUGACAGGGAUGAUACAACUCUAACACUCAUCAAACCAUCUCCAAUUCCUUCAAAAGAUGUUCGUUCUGCUCCGGAAACUAGAUCAUUGCCCGGCAGUAACGGGCUGUCGAAUGGUGAUCUGGAAGAAGACAAAACAGAGUAAAAAGAAUAUUGCUAGUUACCAUUGCAACAGUCUCCGGCUGAUUGUAGUACCCCCAUAAUUUACUGAACAUAUACGAUGAAGAGGAAAAUUCAGCGGGGAUGAUAACAGGGAAAACUUCAUUUGACAUCCCGU